AUGAGUGCCCUGUUUUCAUUUUAUGGUUACUUGUGUUUUCUUCUUGUUCUGGUCUUGUCUCAUUCAUGUUUAUCUGAUCAAAUACUUGAUAAUAAGGAUGUGUUAUGCAUGGAGGGUGAGAGACAAGCACUUCUCAAGUUCAAACAGAGCCUCAUUGACGAAACAAAUCGUCUUGCUUCGUGGGUCGGUGAGGAUAGAAACUGUUGCAGAUGGGCUGGGAUUGUUUGUGAUAACAUCACUAGUCAUGUUCAUGGGAUUCAUUUAGAGGGUAAUUAUUCUCCUCUCGACGUGGAUUAUUGUGACCGAACACGGCAGUUGGGAGGGAAUUUAAGUUCAUCUUUGUUGCAUCUAAAGCAACUCAGGCAUCUAGACUUAAGCUGCAACGACUUUGGAGGGAUCCAAGUUCCGCAAUUCAUUGGUUCUCUUACAAACCUGAAAUAUCUUAACAUCUCAGCUUCCUAUUUCAGUGGAAUUCUCCCUGCUCAAUUGGGGAACCUUUCUCGAUUGCACGUUCUUAGUGUCGGAAGUUUUUAUGAAGACACACGCAUGAUGAAUAUGCAAUGGUUGUCAAGUCUACGUUUGUUGCAUCACCUGGAUAUGAGCAGUGUGAACCUUAGCAAAGCGAUCGAUUGGUUUCAGGUGAUCAACACCCUUCCUUCUUUGACCGAACUGCAUUUAUCAUAUUGUGAUCUUAAGGAUAUACAUCCACAUGCUCCUAGUCUUAAUAUUACAUCCAUUUCCCUGCUCGAUCUUUCUUUUAACAAUUUUAGUAGUUUCGUGCCACAAUGGAUGUUCAGUGUAUCUAAUCUGGUUUCGUUGGAUUUUUCUUUCUGUUAUCUUCAUAGCCUAAUUUAUGGCAAUAUAGAUAGCUUUCGUAACUUGACUUCUCUUAAGUUGCUUCACGUUUCCGGGAAUGUUUUCAUGAAUUCUUCCUCAGUUUUAGAAGGUCUGCCUGGUAAUCUUGUGUCAUUAAAGAUUGGUUCUUGUGGUGUUUCGAGUUCAAAUUUGAAUUCACUUCACAACUUAACCUCCCUUCUUAGGCUUGACUUGUCAGGAAAUGAACUUACAAAGGGACUACCUAAACCAUUUGUUAACAUUUGUAGUUUGAGAGAUAUCGAUGUGUCAUCUAACAAUUUUGGUAAUAUUAGUUUAAAUUAUCUUCUUGGAGCUUUUCUUGAGUGUGAAUCACAUAUGGGUCGAUCUUCACCAUUAGAGGAAUUAGAUGUUAGUGAUAGCAGUAUUUCUGGUACAAUUCCAAAUUUCAUUGGGCAGUUCACUUCUAUGAGGAGAUUAUCACUACAUUGGAAUAGAAUAUCUGGUCCUAUUCCGCACUUGAUUGGGCGAUUAUCAUCAUUGGAGUAUCUAGAGCUUUCAGAUAACCGGCUGGAUGGUAACCUUCCUGAUAGCCUUGGUAAUCUUUUGAAGUUAAGACAUCUAGGUUUUUCUAACAAUUUGUUGGAUGGAAGCCUUCCAGGUACCCUUGGUAAUCUUUCCAAGUUGGAGGAGUUAAAAUUUUCUAACAAUUUGCUCACUGGUAUCGUUACAGAAGCUAACUUUGGCAAACUAGCUAGUUUGAAAUACCUAGAUGGAAAAGGUAACAACUUAACCUUACGACCACGACUUGCUAACUGGAUUCCCCCGUUUCAGUUGUGGUACUUGGAUUUAAGUUCUUGGAGUUUAGGGCCACAAUUUCCAUUGUGGUUGCAAUCACAAACACAUUUAACAGAUUUGUACAUAAGAAACACAGGCAUUUCUUCAGCCAUGCCUAUGUCAUUUUGGAAAUUAUUCCCUAAUCUAACAAAGUUAGAUAUGUCGCAUAAUCAUAUCCAGGGACUGUUGUUAGAUAUCCCUGCAACAGUUUACCUACUAGACCUAAAUUCUAAUGAGUUGAGGGGGGAAUUGCCUAAAUUGUCAAGUGGUUCAUUUCUAGAGAUGUUGGAUCUCUCGAGUAAUUUUUUGGUGGGAUCGGUACAUCAUUUCUUGUGUUCCUAUAGUCUAGAAAACGACACAAAUUUUUUCGGAAGUGUUCUUAAUUUGGGAAAUAAUCAUUUGUCGGGUGUCAUUCCCGAGUGCUGGGACAAAUGGCAGGAAUUGUUUUAUCUUAACUUGGAGAAUAAUAGUUUUUCUGGUGAGAUUCCAAGAACAUUGGGCACUUUACGUCAUUUACAAGUAAUGAACAUGCAUGGGAACAAGCUCACGGGAAGAAUACCUGCUUCUCUUAUGAAUUUGAAAAAUUUGGUGGUUCUUCAAAUUGGUAGGAAUGAACUUGUAGGAAGCAUUCCAAAAUGGUUUGGGAAUUUCUCUUCUUUGAGGCUUCUCAACCUUAGAUCCAACAAUUUUGUCGGAAAUAUUCCUUCUGAGCUCUGUAAUUCUACACAUAUCCAAAUAUUGGAUCUUGCUCAUAAUUAUCUAUCAGGAAAUAUUCCAAGAUGUUUCAACAACUUUAGGGUCCUUUCUGGAGAAGAAAUAUUUAUCGAUAGUCAAAUUUUUUCCUAUCAACUUGAUUCAAAAGUGGUUAGUGGUAGUGAUUCAUUGGUGAUGAAAGGACGAGAAGACACAUAUGACACUAUUCUUGGACUGGUGAGGCUGUUGGACCUUUCAAGUAACAAUCUUGUUGGGCACAUUCCAAGUGAACUAACGGCUCUCCGGGAGUUGAAGUCUUUGAACUUAUCAAGAAAUCAGUUAUCUGGAAUGAUCCCCGAGAAAAUUGGAGACAUAAAAUCACUUGAAACUCUUGAUGUAUCACUGAACAAGCUUUCAGGGAAGCUUCCCAUGAGCCUCUCAAACUUAACUUUCCUGAAUAGCUUCAAUGUGUCUUGGAAUCAUUUGACAGGAAGAGUUCCUUCAAGUACCCAGCUUAAGAGCUUCAGUGAGUCCAGCUUCUUUGGCAACAAACUUUGCGGAGAUGCACUCUCUGAUCGUUGCAUACCAACUCAAGUACCCAAUGUAGUAGUUCAAAAGGAAGACGACGUAUCACAUGGAGCUGCAGAUUGGGGGUUGAUUAGUAGCAUUGUGGUUGGAAUAGUUGUUGGUUUCUGGCUGAUUGUGGGUUCGUUGAUGGUUAGCAGAGAUUGGAGGAUCGCGUACUUCAGUUUCCUGAGUGAGCUGAAGUAUAUAGUUUAUGAUGUUAUGCGUAAAUACAUAUGGAGUCAACAUGUUUUCUAA